AUGUCGUCCAAUCAACGAUUCUUCCUCCUCAUUACUCUCCUCCCGUUCACCAUCCUCUCCUUCUUCUCCUCCACCUCUCUCGCCGUUGACUUCUGCGUCGCCGAUCUCAACGGCUACCAGACCCCUUCCGGCUACGUCUGCAAGAACCCGGCCAACGUCACAGCCGACGACUUCGUUUUCUCCGGCCUUAUCACCGGAGCAAACACCUCCAACAUCAACAAGGCCGCCGCCACCCCGGCCACCGUCCAGCAGUUCCCCGGCCUGAACGGGCUGAACCUGGCCGCCGCACGUGCCGACUUCGCUCCCGGCGGCGCCAUCCCGCUCCACACGCACCCGUACUCGUCGGAGAUGAUCUACGUGGUGGAGGGCUCCGUCACCGCCGGGUUCGUCUCCGGCAUAACGUCGAACAAGGUGUACGUCAAGAAACUGAAGAAGGGAGAGAUCAUGGUUUUCCCGCAAGGGCUGGUGCAUUUUCAGGCCAACACGGGGAGUGAAAACGCCGUCGUUUUCGCCACGUUUGGGAAUGCUGACCCGGGGGUUCAAAUGAUCAACGCUGCGUUGUUUGGGAACGACUUCUCGUCGUUUCUUGUGGAGAAGACUACUAAUAUUGAUCAGGCUGAAGUGAGGAAGUUGAAAAAACUUCUUGGUGGCUCUGGCUAA